UGUUUGCUUGAGUGGAAUUUUUAAAUUCAUCUCCAAAUGUCCACUCGUCUGUGUACGUGGCCUUUAUCACAUUGCAGAUAGAGACGUCCCAGAUUGUGAUAAAUUCAGGCGUUGAAAUGGCGGAAGGCAAAGUUAUUCCAACUCGGGACAGUUUUGGUCGUCUGCAAGACGGCACAGAAGUCAGCAGAUUUACAUUUAAAAACAAAAAUAACAUAACCGUCCGGAUAAUAAAUUAUGGUGGCAUUAUAACGGAUAUCUUAGUUCCCGACAAAAACGGAAAAGUGGUGGAUAUAAACUUAGGAUUUGAUGACAUUAAAGGGUACGAGGCACGUCACCCUUAUUUUGGGGCUAUAUGUGGAAGAGUGGCAAACAGAAUCGCUGGAGGAAAGUUUACCCUUGAUGGGAAAGAGUACCAGCUGGCAGUGAACAACGGUCCUAACCACCUACACGGGGGCGUGAAGGGAUUCGAUAAGGUGGUAUGGAAAGCAAGAGUGGAAGAUGACACCCUUGUUUUGACGUAUAUCAGUCCUGAUGGCGAGGAACGCUAUCCAGGGGAGCUAACCGUCGAGGUUAGAUACCGUCUGACCAAUGAGAACGAGCUUGUCAUUGACUACACGGCAACCACAACAAAAGCCACGCCCAUCAACCUUACAAACCACGCCUAUCUUAAUCUAGCUGGGCAGGGUUAUCCAAACAUUGAUGACCACGUGCUUUGGAUCGAUGCCUAUACUUACACUCCUUUGGAUCAAAACAUCAUUCCAACAGGCGUCAUUUCACCUGUGGAAGGAACAGCCUAUGACCUGAGAACGCCUACACGUUUAGGCGAUCGCCUAAAAUACGUAAACGAUGGAAAAGGAUAUGACAUAAAUUUCUGUGUCGGAGGGCAGAUAGGGAAACUCACGCGAGUUGCUAGUCUAGAACAUCCACCCUCGGGCCGUAAAAUGGAUGUGCUGACGACAGAACCAGGGCUGCAAUGCUACACCGGAUGUAAUAUGGCACCAGGGGUUAUCGGGAAGGGUGGUGUUGAGUACCAGAAGUUUGCUUCCGUUUGUUUAGAGACCCAACAUUACGCUAACAGCGUAAACCAGCCAAACUUUCCAAACACGGUUCUUCGUCCUGGGGAGACCUAUCGUCAUACAACCGUGUACAAAUUCGGACUGACUGCUUAAGGACAUGCUGGGGAGGAUUCACGUGACAUUAUAAUGCAGUUCUUUUUCCCGUGAUUUACCUUCUAUUUCAUUAAUCUACAAUCAUUAAAGUAUCUCGACAAAAAUAGGAUACUUUUGCAAUUGUCAUUUUAAAAAGUUUCAUUUUUGUCUUCAUAUUGAUUAGUAAAUAAACAUUUUUAUAAU